GGGGCGAGCUUUGAAAUAGUACUUGUGCGAGCUUGUACACUCUAGUGCGAGUGACGCAUAAUUGAAAAAAAAACUGAUGCACCUAAAGGACAUCGCGUCAGCAUGACAAUACUUCGCGUCGGACUCUGCCCGGAGUUGACGGCGCCAGUGGUCGACAAGCUGCGGGCCUGCGGCGUGAGGACCGUGCUCGAAUACCUAUCGUCGGAACGCGAAGCGCUGGCCGAGCGCGCUGGUCUCGCCUACGGGGACGUGAUCCGGCUUCGCCGUUCGCUGCAGGCCAUUUACGCUCCCAAGCUCUGCACUGGGGUCGAACUGUACGAGCGGCUAUUGGAAAGCACUGCCAUCUUCAGCACGGGUAGUGCGAACGUCGACAACGCCGUGGGAGGCGGCGUGUACACCGGACGCGUCACUGAGAUCGUAGGCGCCGGCAACAGCGGCAAAACCCAGUUGUGCCACAGCCUUGCCGCAAAUGUAGCUAUCGCCAGCCACUUUGGCGCCCUCUACGUGGACACACUGAGCUGUUUCUCACCCGAAAGAUUGCGUCAGAUUGUGACGUCACUCUCAGUGACCGGAAGUGGGAGUGACGUUAGAACCGAAGCCGUCCUGUGCAAGGUGAGGCACGUUACUGCGUGCGACUUGCUUCAGGUGGUUCAGGUCGUGGACCAACUGAGGGACUCGCUGUGCUCAGCACGAUACAAGGACGACUCCUUGCUGAAGGUCAAGAUGAUCAUCAUCGAUUCCCUGACGGAGGCCGCAUCCCCCGUCUUGACGGGAGACCAGUACGUGGGCGGUUUGUCUCUGAUGGCCCACCUCUGUGAUGCCUUACAGUACUUGGCGGCGAGGUUCAGGAUAGCCGUCGUGGUCACCAACGACUUCGUAGCCGGUGAAGGCGGUGUCAUGAAACCAGCCCUCGGGCGCUAUUGGGAGCAUGUGCCCUCUGUUUCACUAGAGCUAAACUUGCUUGGUGACCUAUUUGAGUCCAGCGAAAUGCGAGAGCUGAGAGUGGUCAAGAGCCCCGAUGUCGGCGUUCUGGGAAGAGUUGUAAAGUUCAGGAUCGCCCCCAAAGGAAUCACAACUGCAGCUGCGAACUCCUGAUAUUCUUCACUGUUUACUUUAUCGAUUUGUCCACCGGUGUGAAAUCCUUCAUCAUGGACGAAAGUGAGGCAUGUUAGCACGGACACGAGAGGAAAGACCUGGAUGCUCUUUGGCCACAUGAAUUUGGUGCAUGUUGACGAGCACCACUCUGAGUUGGAAGAUGAGAGAGUGGGUUCUUUCUCACAUUCAGUAACCUUUAUUGCAGGUGCAAUCUCCUCGUCAUCUUAUUUCUUCAUAAAAUAUGGGUAAAAUAUCUGCAUAAAGCAUUGAGCCUAUUCAUAUUUCAUACUUUUCAGCUGUACGCCGUUCCCUCCACUUGCAAAGUCUAAAAUGCACAAUACCAAAUGAAAUCAAUUGACUGUGCACAAUAGUCAUGGAAUACAAAGCAUAAUGGGCAUGCACCUGCUUGUUAAAGCAGGGUAAAAAAGAAUCAGCAAGAGACAUCAUGCAUGUAUUGACCACUAAAGAGAUUAUUUUCUCACGAAAUAAUAAGAACAAACUGCUGGCAUCACUGAAUUGUGUCGCAAAGAUUGGAAGUGCUCUGAGAAAGCAAUGCACUCUUUUUUGUUGUUGUAAGGAGGAAGAAAAACAGUACAUUGUAGUGAGCCCUUGGCCAGCAGCAUCUGGAUGCCCAGACGCUUCUGAGUUCAGUCCUGUUUCUGAAAUUGUGCGGCGUGGUGGAGGGUGCCGUCAGUUUGGUUUGCUUCAUUCACAUCAGACAGACAAGCCCUUGAAAAAGAAUGCCAUGACUGCGACCAGCAAGUCCAAAGUUUUGCCGUAGGUUUGCUCGUCUGGCUUCGACUGCCGUUCCGCUCUCCUGGCCUGUCCUCCAAGUUUGCCCCAAAGUAUUGCGGUCCUGGAACGUCGCUUUCAUACAACAUAUGUGAUCGAGCCAGUCAAGCCACCCACAGACAAGCGCCGCAUUGUUUGCGAGACAGUGCACAUUAGUCGCCUCAAGCCAUAUUACGAGCCCUUCCUUCUUUCAUCACAUUCACUCGCCAGGAUAGCUUCCGUUUGUCGCCGGGGUGUGUUAAGGAGAAAGAAGAACAAUAUGCCGUGUUGCGCCAUGUUUUACUCAGAAGCGCCGAGCGCGAGCUGUUUGCCUCAGUGCUGCGAUUCCUGUGUUGGUUGUCGCCGCCCGCUUUCAGUGUCGAUAGAACUGCUGUGCAGGUGAUACUUAUGCCAGUAAACCCCAUUUAUUGUAUUUUUAAGAUUUGUUUAGGGACUGUUUAAGAAAACCCAGAUGGUUAUAAUAAACCCCCACUGCACCAUCCCUCAUAGCGAUAUCGGGGUCUUGGUAUAUGCCGCACUUCAAUGACAUGCUUAUGUACUGUUAACAAAUGACUGUGCCGAGGUGCAAACAGUAUUUAAUGACAGCACACAGUGUGCAAAUUCUACUCAGAAAUGUUGAUGAAGACAAAGUUGGUGUUUGCCAAGGGGAAAAUGACAAAGCAAGUUGUUAAGUCAAGGUAUGUGUCCAAUGUAGCGAAAGCGUUUAAUCAUAUUGAUACCAUUUUGCCAAUGUUACACAUGAAAACUGGUAAAGAAUAAGCAUGUACUCACAGAGAUGAGGGAUGAGGCAAAUAUUUGAAAACUUCCGGAAAA